CCUUCACUGCGAGAGAGAGAGAGAGAGAGAACUCAGCUAUUAUCACUUCUUUUCCGCACAAAGAGGGAGAGACAUCAUCUCCAAACACAAUCAAACAUGGCCCUUCACCAGCACCAAUUGGCUUUCAUCUUCGGCUUCCUAGGCAACAUCAUCUCUUUCAUGGGGUUCCUUGCUACCAUGCCGACCUUUUAUCGGAUAUACAAGAACAAAUCUGCUGAAGGAUUUCAGUCAUACCCUCAUGUGGCUGCCCUAUUCAGCUGCAUGCUUUGGACAUACGGUGCGCUCGUCAAGAACAACGAGACCUUACUUCUCAUCACCAUUAACUACUCUUGUGGAAUUGUGUUCGAGAUAAUCGGCCUUUCCAUUUUCCUCUUCUGUGCUCCCAAGAAGCUCAGGUUUGCGACGGUUAAUCUUCUUCUGUUACUGAAUGUGUUUGGGUUCGGAGCCAUGCUUCUGUCCACACUGUAUCUUUCACAUGGAAACACUCGUUGUCAGAUUAUAGGAUGGAUUUGCCUGGUGGCUGACAUCAGUGUCUUCGGUCCUCAUCUUUUAAUCAUUAGGAAAGUUAUUAAGACAAAGAGUGUGGAAUACAUGCCAUUCAGUCUGUCCAUGUUUCUGACCGCAAAAGCUGUGACGUGGUUCUUCUAUGGCCUUUUCCUCAAGGAGUACUAUUUCAUUGCUCUGCCAAACACUCUUGGGUUCCUGAUCGGCACAGCUCAGAUUGUGCUUUACUUAACGUACAGAAACGCCAGGCCAGUGGUUCUAGAGGAUCCAGUGAAGGAUCAAGGGCUAUCUUCUGACCAUGUCAUUGAUGUUGUGAACCUCGGCACUAUGAUCCCAGAAGAUGAAAAUAACAAGGAACAAAGGAACCCCAAUUCUGGAGAAAAGGUUUAA